GUCUCAGCAAACGUAACUUGGACACGAAGUCCCUUUAUAUAAGACAUCGCUUAAAAUUCUUUUAAUUAAACAUUUAUUAAGAUACGUUGUAAUAGAUUCGUGAUCAGUUUGUCGAGUGCAGUGCAUUAUGGAUUCCGAGCAAUUUCGCGAGUGUGCGAAAGCGACGAUAGAGAUGUUAAUAGAUUAUUAUGAAAAUAUAAGAAACAGAAACGUUUUACCUUCAGUAGAACCUGGUUUUCUUUUGAAAUUGUUGCCUGAAAAUGCGCCUGAAGAACCAGAGGAUUGGAAAACUGUUCUCAAUGAUUUCUCUGAAAAAAUUAUGCCCGGUGUAACACAUUGGCACUCUCCUCAUUUCCAUGCUUUUUACCCUACUGGUUGUUCAUAUCCUAGUAUUAUUGGAAACAUUCUCAGCGAUGGUUUAGGAGUUAUAGGACUCACUUGGAUGGCGAGUCCAGCGUGCACUGAACUAGAAGUUGUAACCAUGAAUUGGUUUGGAAAACUACUAGGUUUACCGGAAGUGUUUCUGAACUGUUCGGAUGGUCCUGGAGGCGGAGUUAUUCAAGGAUCUGCAAGUGAAGCGACGCUUGUUGCUUUGUUAGCUGCUAAAGACAAAAUGAUUCGAAGACUCACGCGUAUAAAUCCAAGUUUAGAUCACGAUACAUUGAAAAAUAAGUUUGUCGCAUAUACAUCCGAUCAAUGUAAUUCAUCUGUAGAAAAGGCAGGAGUCCUCGGAUCUAUGAAAAUGAGGCUCAUAAAAAGUGAUAGUAAUGGUAAAUUACGCGGAGAAACAUUAAAAAAGGCUUUUGAGGAAGAUAAGGCUCAGGGUCUAAUACCAUGCUAUGUUGUCGCAAAUUUGGGUACUACAGGAACAUGCGCUUUUGACCCUUUGUGUGAACUAGGACCAGUAUGCAAUGAAGAAAAUGUUUGGUUGCAUGUUGACGCUGCAUAUGCUGGAGCAGCAUUUAUAUGUCCGGAGUAUAGAUAUUUGAUGAAAGGCGUCGAAUAUGUAGAUUCUUUUGAUGUCAACGUCCAUAAGUGGCUUCUUGUAAAUUUUGAUUGUUCAGCUAUGUGGGUAAAGGAUUGUUAUGAUUUAAUUUAUGCUUUCGACGUUCAACGUGUUUAUCUCGAUGAUGUAAACACAUCAAUAAAAAUACCAGAUUACAGACAUUGGCAAAUGCCAUUGGGCCGAAGGUUUAGAUCGCUUAAAUUGUGGACGGUUAUGAAAAUGUAUGGUGCUGAAGGUCUUAGAAAACACAUUAGGGAUCAAAUAGGUUUAGCACAAUAUUUUGCCAAUUUAGUACGUUCAGAUGAUAGAUUCAUUGUGGAACCAGAACCUUCAAUGGGGUUAGUUUGCUUCAGACUUCGAGACGGAGUUCAUAACACGAAAAAACUAUUGCAAAAUUUAGUAGAAAAGAAAGUGUUAUUUAUGGUCCCUUGUACCUACAGAAGUCGAUACGUUAUACGAUACGUGAUAACCUCGAGACUCACUACAAAAGAAGACAUAGAAACAAGUUGGAAUAUUAUUAAAGAUGAAACGAAUCUUUUAAUAAAUCCGGACAAAAUAAACUCCAAAGCAAAAUCAAUUUCUACUAUCGAUCAUUUAAAUAGUAUAAGUAUUUGUGAAAAAUCGAAGUAAAAUUAGAGACAAUAUUAAGGGUCUCUUUUACCGGUUGUGGAUACAGUUUAUCCUGAAACACGUAGUAAAAUUACGAAUAGAAUUUAACAAUAGAAAGUAAAAUAAGCCUUUAAGAUCUGUUUCGCUUCUAUUAGUAACAAGUAGUAGUACAACUUUUAUCGAACAUCAAAUAAAUAUGCCCAGUGCAAUUCGAUGGUGAAAAAAAUAAAUAAAUGUGUGUUAAGCUUUUAUCUGUUGGAUACCGUCAUCCGUCAACAAGCUUUAACAAAAACCGGUGAAACAGGCCCUUAAUGGUUAAAACACGUCUGGAUAGUACAAGAAAUUUAAAAGAAUUAAUGUUACAUACAAUAUAAAAAUAAUGUAAGUGUACAUUUUAAGAUGGUUUUGUUUUUGACACCUUCAUGCCUUUUGAAAUAGCAUAGCUUAUUGCAGAUAUAUAAUAUUUUCGCCAACCUUACGAUAAUAAAUUUAACACACAUUAUGUUUUAAAUAAUAAUAUGAAUGUAUUAUUUUUAAAUUGGGUCCACUAAUUUUAUUUAUUUAUUCUGACUUUUAAUUGAUAUUUUUAUAAAUGACAUUAUUCGCUUCAUGUUUGUAAUGUAGUAAUUUGUUAGGACUAACACGCAAAUGACGGAAGUUGAGUAGUGGUAUUUAUAAGUGAUUUUCAAACAUAAAAAUAUACCAUCAUAAACAAUCAACCAUCACAACAUCACAAUGAAAACACAACCAUCACAAAUGAAAAAAAAAUUAUCAGCUCCACAAACUGUUUCAUCAUCAAAUAUCCUACAUUUUUGUUCAUUUUUGACUAUAUACAACGUAAAGAGUUAAAUGGUUAAUAGAUCGGACGGCACAUCAAACUGUUUACAGUUAUUAAAUAUACCCUUAUAAGUCACUUUACACUUACUUUAGUUUACUUUCAAAAUUGUAAUUUCAUUUAUUCAGAAUCAAAAAUUCGAUAAUGUGCAUACCAGAUGGUUACAAAAAUAGAUAUAUCCUCUCUCUACUUAAGUUAAUAAAUCUUAUUUAAAUAGUGUACUUAAAUAAUAGGGCUUAACAUCUAUCUAUAAAAGAUAAUUUAGCUGCUCAUAUUGUAAGUUUAUUUAAAUAAACAAAUAUGUAAGGAAGGAAAUAACAAUAAAUGAUUAUGACAAUGUUAAAAAAAA